CAAUCUGGAAACUGCACAUUUUGAAAUGAACUUCUUCCUAGACUGGUAUGACUACAAAACUAAUUUCACAUUUCAUGAAUGUAUUAGCGAUACAAGGUGGCCUACAGUACCGAUAGCUUGCCGAGGUCAAACACUCAAAUACCCUAACAGUGAUUCUCCGUUAGCCUUCUAUCUACCCAGUAAGCCAGCAAACGAAACUAGUGGCAACAGAAAGAAGAACAGAAAGAGUGGCAAACCUCUCAUGGAGAUCACUAACCAGAAAGAGGGCAUUUUUGGUGUUCGUGAAUCAGGCAUUUAUUUGAUUCACUUGAAUAUUAUAAUUGUCGACGAAACUCAGACACACUCAUUAGGCAUCUCUGUGAACAAUCAAACCGUUCUUUCCUGCCCCAAAGGUGGCUUCCGCUGUCCUCACCUCAACAGUGAAGGAUCUUACAAGUACAGGAUUUGUGUGAUUGACGGAGUUCUGGAGAUCAAUGCUGAAGAUCAACUACAGAUAAAGACGAUGGAGAAGGACACAAUGGUUAGAUUCGAGCAGAACCGGAAGUCACAGUUCAAGGCCGUUCUCCUUCAUACAAUGCCUUCAAAAACAAGAACUUGAUUUCGUAAAUACUGAGGUAACCUUACGGCAGCUGUUCACUAGCAAUUUUUUUUUAAUCUUUGUAAAGAUGGAGGUUUAUUGAUCCAUAAGGCAUUUGUACAUUUAUUGAUUUGUGUUUUAUUCAGUGUUUGAUUUUAAGCAGCUAUUAAACUGUGUAGGGCCUAUAUAUAGUGUUUUAACUUAAAAAGUCACUAACAUUGGUCAGUUAUGACACGUGAGUGUCGAUAUCUAACCUAACAAUCGUAUUAUUACAAUGUAUUAUUCAAGUCAUUUUUACAACCUCUUACAAAUAAACUUUUCAAAUGUUAGGAUAAAACAUUAAUCUAAUUUUAAUGGACAGUUGGUUAUCCACGGACAUACAUUUGUGUGGUUCCCAUCUUGUCUUCAGUCAGCCCCACUUUGGUGACGCUACUGUACACCGAAAACACACACACACACAAAAGGCUAGCUGUUUCUAGUUUUUGUGAUAUACAUGGAAAUCUAAUUAUUUUUUAAAGUUUGUUCUUAGAUAACCCGCCGCUACAUAAGGUAGUUUAAGCACCCGUAACACAAUAAUAGGUACGGUACACAUUUUCAACAUACAAAGACUAUAAUAAGGUAUUUCAAGUGAUGAAAAUUAACAAAGCAUAAGCAUCGAUUUGGGAAUAAGCUGUUUGACCUUGAGAAAACAGUUGUUAAUAGGUUAAUUUUGAUUGGUUCCUACCAGUGGCGUAGCUAUGAUUUAGGUGCUCGGACUUUUCAGGGGCCCCUGCAUUUUGACAUUCGACAUAAUGGCAUGAGAUAAUUUACUUAAUAAAUAUUAACGUCUAAAUUUCAAUUGGUACAUUAUAUAUGUAAAUUAACAAAAAAAAACCAUUAAGACUCUUAUGAUGAAUAAUACCGUUGUUUAUUGGCGAGAUAAUGCUGAAGUGACAAAUUUUCAUUCAUAUCGCCUCACGUUGUGCUUGUAUGUGCAGCAAAAGCAUUAUCUAGAUCAACGCUGUCUAGUAGUUUUGACUCCACGUGAAUAGCAAGAUUACAUGGCAGUGGUGUAAUUAAAUAUUAAUGUAAAAACAAAAAAUUGGGGACAUUCAUUUGGGGGACCCUCAACAUUUUUACUGCCCGGGGGGACUUUCGAAUUUGAACCCCUCCCCCCACCCUGGCUACACCACUAGUUCCCAGGUAGAAUAGCUGUUGAUAAAUUUUGAUAAGUUCUUUGACAAAAUAGUUAUUAAUAGGUUCCAUUAAAUUUUGCUGUAUGACUCCUUUCGUCUAUUUAUUAAAUGCACCUUUUGCUUCAAAGUUAAUAGUGAAUUAUUCAGAAAACAACCAGCUCGAAAAGGAACAUAAAUUUCCUUUCUUUUUAAAAUAAGUUAUGCAAUCAUUAUAGAACAAAAUCAUAAAUAUAAAUAAUGUGAAUGGGCAUUUUUUUUUUUUUAGAGAUAUAGCAUCUACACUGAUAAACUAAAUGGCUGCAGUGUAGACUAAUCUAUUGGCUUUCUUAUUUUUUCAUUCUUUGACCUACACUGCCUUAGCAAUUUACCAGAUGUACAGGCUAGCUUAAAUCUUACUGCCGGUAUCCCUAUUUAAUGUAAAUACUUACUAAAUGCGAAGCUAAAUGAGAAAACAGAGCUGCUUUUAUACAUGUAACUUGUUUCACUAUUUCUAGAACAGAAGAGUCAACUGUCUUGCACACCCAUGCAUAAAUCUCAAUGAAUUACAAUACUGUUGUUUACUCUGAUAUUUGGCAUUUUUGUAGCAUCUUUUUAUUUAUUUGAAACAAGUGAGGGCCAAACUUUAGUAUUCAUUAACAUUGAACACUUCUGUGAAGACUAUUAGCUGAAGGUAUUUCCUUUGAAAGCUCCUGCAAAUAGGCUGGUGCCUCAUAUAUUGUAUAGCAUUCCUUUGAAUUUUACCAGCAAUGUCCCGAAAUGGAACAGAUGGUCAUGAUACUUUAAUCUAAGGCUGAGGAAUGUGCCCUUAACAGAAAACUCUGAGGGCAUCCAUUGAAUAUGGAGGCAGAAGGAGCCAUAUAUUUAUUGAUAUUUGGUUUCUAUUGUAUUUAUAAACAUUUUCAAAAUUACUUUUCUUAAAGAAUAAAGCUGGCAUAAUUUCAUUAUUAGAGAAUACAGCGUCAUUUGAUUGUACAAAACUAAGUUUUGUGGAACUCUUUCCAAUGAGUAAACAUUCCAGAUUUAGUCCAAUCAUCAAAUUCACCUCAUUUAGAAUGACAUUUGUAACAUUGUCAAUAUUUUCAUUUAGAACUGUACAAAUGAUGCAACAUUUUACAUGAUAUUAAAAAAAAAAGCUAUGCCAAUUUUAAUAAAGGGUAAAGUGACUUAAACAUACUAAAUAUAUAUAUAUAUGUUGUAUAAAACUGUAAUGUGUAAAGAAGAUUUAAAGUAUUAUUUUAGAUUGAUAUGUAAUAUACUUUUGUACCAGUGAAACUUUUUUUUUUAUUAAUUCAUAUGUUUUGUUGAACUGUAAAUAAAAAUAGGGCUUUGUAUUUAUGAAUGUAUAAAAAAAUAAAUGUCUAUAAAUCUG